AAAAAAAUGUCUGUCUGUCAAAUUAGCUGUCAAUGUGUCAAGCUUCCGAAACGAAAACGUUUCGUCGUAUUGUUGAAAAAUAUUUUUAUUCUUUGUUCAUCGUAAACAAAUAGUUUAAACUACUCAAUUAUAUCUCAAAUUGUGUACUAAACAUCAAAAUGCAAGAAGAUUUGGAAGUGACUGGCAUAUCCCGUAGCGGGCGUGUAAGGAAGAAGAGUUCCAAAUUAAUGGACUUUGAGUCUCCUGACGACAUUGAGACGAGAUUUAGGCGGCAAACGCCCGUCAAAUCUUACGUAGGGUUUCGUCAGGAAGAACCACAAGAAUAUCACCAGCAGGACAGUGCUGCAGUCAGACAGGAUGACGCGGGAACUGUGUCUGGCAGUGAAUCUGAUUAUUAUGAUAACCCCGGGGAAAAUGCUGACAGUGGUGAACCACAACAUUGCAGUAUGGAGUCAGACAGCUCCGCAUCAGACGAGGGUUCCACCAGGACGCCUGCCAACUCCUUGUACAUGAUGGAGAAGUCCAGCAAGAAGAAGCUGAUUGUCAAGGAUGGAAGGGUGGUCGGACGAGCUAAGGCACAGAGGAAGGAUAAAGGUAAGACGCGCAUCACAGCGUACAUGAUGUGGGCCAAGGAAGCGCGCAAUGAGCUGCUCCGCAAGCAUCCUGACAUGGACUUCUCCGCUAUCUCCAAGCGGCUUGGAGAGAUGUGGUCCAAUGUAAAUUACAACGAGCGGUAUUUAUGGAAGCGCAAGGCGAAACGGUUCGCGAUGCAGAAGGAACAGAGCAACCAAUCCACUAACAAGAUUAUUGUGUCUAACCCAAGUCGGCCUCUAUCCUCAGCGGGCCCGGGCCGUCCGCCGAGGGCGCAGCCCCGGCCGCAGCCUGCGCCCGCUGCACCGCCGUCACACGCACUUGUGCCGGCGUCUAGUACGUCGGCCCCCAACGCCGGCAUGUACCGCGUGACGGGCUGCGGGGCCGUGGAGGUGGCCGCGCAUCUCCGACUGCUGGGCGAGAGCCUCGCCAUCAUUGGGGAACGACUGAAGGAACAUGAGGGUCAAAUAGCAGUAUCAGGCUCAGUAUCAGUGCUGCUAGACACGCUCCUGUGUUCCCUGGCGCCGCUACUGAGCGUGUGUCGCGCCCUGCCGGCCAUCGCGCCCCCCGCCAACCUUCUACAGGACACGCUACACAACAUCGCUUACAUCAUGCCUGGACUGUGAAUUAACUGGGAAUUUAACUAAAACUGUAACACUGAAAUGCUAUUCGAUUUUAAGUUGUACCUAAAUAUCAGUCUAUCGCCCGAAUACUCAAUUUUAAGUUGUACUUAACACAUUGACUGUCCGUGCAUUACAUGUAAUGCAUGAUAUGAUCUGGCUGUGACGUCCGUGCAUUAAAUGUAAUGCAUUAAUCAGUGGCAACUGAACUGCCUUUACUGCAACGGGACGUGUGAGCUAGAACUUUGAAUUUUCUAGGGACGUAUGAACACAGACUUGAAAAAAUAAGACUUCCAUGAAAAUUUUCCAUCGAAAUUUUAUACUUUUUUUUAUCAGUGGAAUAUUUUAAGUUCCAUUGGACGUACCAACGAGAUUAUCCAAAAUAGAUGGGACAGUCAACGUGUUAAAUAUCGUGCUAUCUCUGUCAUUUUAUAAAGAAUUGAUAGUGACAGAACUACAUUUGAGAGCGUCUUAAAAUUGAGUAGCGUUUGAGUAUUCGGGCAUAUCUUUGUUGUUGUUGUGUCAACAAUAGUUCUAUCAUCUACGAGUUCUAUGACUACGGUAGAAUUAUUCUUGAGAGUGUCCUAAAAUUGAGUGGCAUUUGAGUAUUUAACUCAUAAGGACUACAAUAUAGUGCUCGUUUUUCUAUAUAGGGUGACUGGUGUGAAGGUUGUUUAAACACGUGAUUAUAAACAACUUUUCCUUUAUUUUAUUCAUCAUCAUCAGCCGCGAGAGGUCUACUGUCCAAAGGCCUCCACCUGCAUCCACUGGCUCCCCGCGACUCUGACGAUGUCGUCGGUCCACCUAGUGGGAGGUCUGCCCUCGUUACGUCUUCCGGUCCUCGAUCGCCACUCGGUCACCUUCCUGGCCCAGCCUUAUUAUAUUAUAAAUAAAAAUAAAACUAACGAGUAUACAAACAAGUUUUUUCGGGAAAGUUGUUUGUAAUCAUGACUACAAUCACGUGUUUAAAUAUCGUUCACUAAUUACCAGUCACCCUAUUUCUCGUUUAUCUAUGUCUUUAAUAUAUGUGUUUAUGACAUAUUACACCCCACUAAAAGGUUCGAUGAUCAAUAGUCAGCAGUAACCACUUAUAGGCUAUUGAUGUGAUAUCGAUAGGUGUAGCAAGGUUACCAUGCAAUCAAUUUUAAAUAUAAAAAGUAAUAUUCUGGGACUUUGAUCCUUAAAGUAGUCUAUUAUAAUGCUUCUACCAGCGACAGUCAGCUCAUACCCUGUCUUUAUACCAAAUUUUUGUCAAAAGUGUGGUGUAUAUUUUUUCUUUCUUUCAUACCUUUUUUAUGUAUAUAAAUGCCCCUAAAACCCCUUUUUUUCUUCUUAUUGUGCUUAAGGGGUAGGAGCAACGGGUAGAGCUUUCGGAUCGACUACCCCUUACGGGGGUAAGGGGUAGGGAUCGAUCCUCCCUUUAUGAAAUCCUUUACAUGUCAAUGUAUUUCUAUUUUAUUAUUAUAUAGUGUUAAAUAAGACGUAAAUACAAACAAACAAAGUGACAAAAUAAUGUACGUAUCGAUAAAUAAAUAAAUGAUUUACUAUCAUUAAAAUA